UUUACUUUGCGCAGUUUGUGUUAGGGGCGUUUAUUUCACUCACUGAAUUCUUGGAGCCAGUGAGUGCAAAAGCAUGAUACCACAAGGUCAACACCGUUUAAAAAGUCCCUCUCAUGAUGUUUGCUAAGUAAUAGGUCUGUGGAGCAGUCAUGGGUUCUGAGGCGCAGAGGGACAGACUCCGAGAGCUCUUCCGCGCCUGUGAUGUGGAUCACUCCGGACGCAUCGAGAAAUGGGAGUUCGUCCGAAUAUGCUCCGAGCUGCGCGUGCGAUCCACCGAGAUAGACGCGCUCUUCGCCAGACUUGACACCGACAAAGACGGCACGAUCAAUCUGGAGGAGUUCAUGGACGGCUUUCAGGAGACACACUUGUUGAAGGACGAGGAGAUGAGCAGCGAACACGCCGGGGAAAGUUUCUCAGCCGCCUGGGAGGAUUUUAAAUCCCGCCUCGGAGAUCAGCUCAAAUUCAUCCCCAGGAUUGACCAGAUAUCAACGCUGUACCAGAAUAUCAGUUUGACGGAGCCCAGAAUCGUCCCUCAGUAUGAAAGAGUUCUUCUCAGUUUCAUCAAAGAGAGCCGGAUACUGAACUCAGAAAUGGAACAUCUGGCUCUUGCUGUAAAGAGAGCUCAGGAUCAGACGGCUAUCCAGCUGAGUGAGAUGGAGGAAGAGAUGGAUCACCGCAUCCACACUGCAGAGAGAAACACACGUCUACAGGAGUCUAAAAAAGCCGAGGCGACUCUGAGCAGCAUGAAACACCAGUACGAGGCUCAGAUAUGUGAACUACAACAGAAGAUACAGACUCUGCAGAUGAUCGAAAACCAAAACAGGAGUAGCAGCCUCAAAGAGGAAACUUCAGCACUGAAACGGCAGAACAAUGAGUUAUUACUGCAAAACCAGAAGUUGAAACAGGAGCUUUUGGAGUCCCAAACUAAUAUUGCGUUCUUGCAGAGUGAGCUGGACUCUCUCAAGAGUGAUCUCACAGACCAGAGCAUCAACUUUGAACGAGAUGAGGCUCUUAUGAAGUGUUUCUCUGAGGAGAGAGGUAACCUGGAGAGGCAGAUCGAGGUGCUUCAGGCAGCAAACAGAAAGCUGCAUGACAGUAAUGACAGUCUGCGUGCUUCGCUGGAGAACAGUCAGAGCAAGAGUAAGACUCAGCGUGUUAGUGGGAUCUCACCUGGAGUUUACAUGAGCACCAGAAAGAAUGUCUGUUCCUCUUAUUUUGAUCGGUGCUGUAACACAUUUCCGGACGAGGACUUUGAUCAGUUCGGGCUGAUGGAGGAUCUGCGCAGACCGAACUGUGAUUCUCUGGCUCUGGCCCUGUGCGACCCCAUGCGCAGACGCAGCUGUGAGGAAGACAGUCUUCCCGACAGCUGCGUGGACAGCGGCAUGUCUACCCUGCGCUCGAAUAACGGCUACGAUUACGAGCAUGAGAGAACGUCCUGUCCAAGUCCUGUGCAAGCAGAGGACAGUAACACCACUGUGUCUGGAGACACUUCGGAUACAGAGGUUCUGGAAGCUCGAGAAGAGGCUGUGAUUGGGUCAGACAGCGAAUCCAUUCUUAGCUGGACUGCAUCACAACCCGCUCAGAAAAGCGAUGUUACUGCAUCAGGGAAGAAAUGCCUCUCUGCCGUCUUCACAGAGAGAGAGCAGGAUGUGGCAGUGACUCAGCCUCCAUCAGAGAAAGCUUACAGGAUUGUGCUGGCGGGAGACGCUGCGGUGGGAAAGUCUAGCUUCCUACUUCGCCUCUGUAAGAACGAGUUCAAAGGCAACACUAGUGCCACACUGGGGGUUGAUUUCCAGAUGAAAACCUUGGUGGUGGAUGGUGUUCCAACAGUGCUGCAGUUAUGGGACACAGCUGGACAGGAGAGGUUUCGGAGCAUUGCUAAGUCUUACUUCAGGAGGGCUGAUGGGGUUCUCCUACUCUAUGACGUCACCUGUGAGAAGAGCUUUCUGAAUGUGCGCGAAUGGGUCGAUAUCAUUGAGGAUGUGUCUCAGGAUGACAUUCCCAUCAUGCUUGUGGGGAACAAAACAGAUCUGAGGAAGGAAGCUCUUCUGGAUGGAGUUACUUGCAUUCCAACCAGCUACGGAGAAAAACUGGCCAUGACAUACAGUGCCUUAUUCUGUGAGACGAGUGCAAAGGAUGGAUCCAACAUCAUUGAGGCUGUUCUUCAUUUAGCCAGAGAGGUGACGAAGCAUGCUGAUGAGUACAAGGAGCCCGUAUCAGUGGCCAAACUGUCUGGAAAUCACAGCAAAAAGAUGUCCAACCCUAACUGCUGCAUGGGCUGAGGCGACAAUGCAAGGCUUCUGCACACAGCUAAACAAUUAUUUAACCAUUCAUCUAUUCAGAUGGGAAAUAACAUUUAGCGAUUUUGACUGUGCUAAGUUUUGUCCUCAGGACUUUCUCUGAUUUUGUAUUUUUAACUGACGAGUCACUUGUUGAAGCAGAUCACUGUGUGUCAUGCAUUGCCUUUAACAGCCCUCAAUUUCACAGCUUCUUAGUAGCAUAUUAGUAGCAUAUGGAGUAAACAGACACUCAGGCUUACAGAGCUCUGGAUGCUGCAUUUAGACUUUAUUUAUUACAUGAAAUCUUCCUUUAGCUUAGUGAAAAAGAAUAAUAGUUCCUUAAUGAGUUAUAGGAUUAUUGAAAAGGGUGUGUGUGCGUGUGUGUGUGUGUGUGUGUGUGGUAUGUGAAGUUGAUUGAAAUAAUGUGAAAAGUUUGUCAGGUAGGAUAUUAUCAUUGCUUUAUGCAAUUCACAACAGCAAUGUUGGCUUUUUAAUGCUCACUACAUAUGUUAUGUUAUAUUCUGUAAUAAACAGCGCACACUUUUUACAAUAAAAAUAUUUUCUUGCAGGAAAACAUUUGUUAAAUCAGUUAGAAUGACGUGAGUAAGAUUUGAAUCCUGAUGUAUUGUUUGUAUUUCUUUUGUCAUGUUGUCAUAUAAAGCUCAUUUCACUGUUAUCUAUCAGAAAUGUUUCAUUUUCAUGAUGGUUUCAAUUUCAAAUCUUAAGCAAAAAUAAAAAUAUUGCAAUGUUUUCACUCCAGUUUUAUUGUGGCAGUACUAACAUAUAAAACAAUUAUUAUUAUUCUUUACAUAAAAACAAUCAAAAAUCACUUUACAAAUUUAAUAAGGCGAUUCCCAGUGGAUCUGGGUACUGAUUUUUUUAUAUAUAUAUUUAUACUCCCAGAGUUGUAUUUUGAAAUUAAAUGACAGGCUGUUUUAAACGGAAACAUUUAUAAUGCUGCUAAACAUGCAAACAAAACACAAUUCACAUACACUGUGAAAUCAGCAAAUACUCAAGAUCUCAAACCUCAAAAAAAACAACAACAAAACAAAAUCCAUACAAGCAUUUUCCAGAUGUUCAGUUAGUUUGCAUAUUUUCUUUUUUUAUUAUAUAAUUAGCAGUUUUUAAAGGGCAGUAUGUGUUUUCAUGUUUAACCAUAUUACGUAAGAAACAUCUGACUUUUUUUUUUUUGACACAAAACCCUAAUAAAGAUCUCAAAGUAAAUGACAAGAAUUAGCGAAUGUUGCUGUUUUUUUUUUUUUUUUUUGGCUUCCCUUAAAAGACAACUGGUUUUAAUCACAGCAUAUACAAUUAAGUCAACUCUAAACUGUUAUCCUUUUCCAUGUCAUACUUCAUCCUGAAAACACAUUAAAAUAAAAAAUAAAAAAAUUGACUACUGUAAUGAGAGCAAUUAAUGUUUUUGUUUCUUCUACACUGUGAAGAUGUAGAAAUACUACACAAUUUUUUUUUUUUUUAAAUAAAAUAGAUUUUGCUAUUUUUUUUAUUUAUUUUGGGGUACAUAAUAAUCCUGAAAUGACAUUCUUUGUAAGAAUUCUCCAGAAACAUUAAUUGCUAAUGAACAUUUGAAAACAUGACAAGUGUGUUGUUCUUUCAGAAAAUGCUGGGAUAAAAAAUAAAUAAAAAGUAUUUUGAAUUUCCAGUUCUACCAGUGUUCAGUUUUGGUUUUUUUUGUAGGCAAAUAAAAUCACAGUUCUACCAAACAUAUAACAAAGAAAUUGGUUAAAUUAGUCUUGGGGUCCCAUCAUGCAACAGAAUAGCAAGGCUACAAAAACAAUAAACACAAAACCCAGUGCAUAACAUUUCUGAAUGCUAUACGAAAUAUGUUCACCCUCUGGCCAGUUACAAUGUGUUUUGACAUCUAUAUUUUGCCACACUACGAUAUGUGAUUAGAGAUAAGGUUAAUGGGUAAAUUCAAUCAACCUGCUUUAAAACAAAUGAAGAUCCCAGUCUGUCUGUCACUGAAGCUCUGGCUUCCUCUAGCAGAUUGACUGAAUGUGGCCACUGCUUCUCUGCUUUCAUCGGUCAUGAUAGCACACAUUAAAGCAAAAAGCAUGACUAUCUAUUAUUUACACUUUCCACAUAUGUGAUGAUUUUAUUAUAAUGAGAACCACAACAUUGACUGCAGCAUCAGAACAAAGCAUCGAUGGUGUAUUUCUAUUAUUGACUGCCUGAUGAAUCUAUCAAUAAAUAUGACUCAACCCUGAGCUGAAAAUCCAGAGAAACCUGAACACAACACAAUAGAAUAAAGCCAUCGUGUCCUUUUCAUAGUCCUAUGAUCAUAUACAAAUAAGACUCCGAUGAGCUAGCUGAAUACACGUGAGGGAUGAGAAUGAUUUCUUUUCACAGUAUUUACAGAUGUUUUACAUGCAGAAGAACGGAACUCAAAGAGACCUGGUCUGUGUUUUAAUGUACACAUUUGGUUUUGUGGAUGUUUUCACUACCGGAGAAAAGUUUGGACACACUUUUUUGUUAAUAAAUUGUUCAUCAUAAUUAAUUAGUCAUUAAAACUAUGAAAGAACGCAAAUGGAAGUGUAGGAAUUACGUAGUGACCAAAUAACAAGGCAUUAAAUAAAAUUAAAUAAUAAAACAAUUCAUUUUCUGUAAGUAUUUGCUCUGAAUUAAAAUUUUACAAAGCAAUUAUCCAUAAGACAUUAGUUCAAAAUUAAAUCGUUUAAAAUUUAUAAAAUAUUACACCCCGCUUUUCAGUGUUUCUGACUACUACAUACUUCAAAUAAGAAACAAAUUAAUUAAUUAAUUACAAAUGUACUAAUUGUGUUCAUGUUGUUUAGCAAAAAAACAUUGUA